AUGAAGAAGCACCAGAGUCCCGCUAAGCUAGCGGCGGAGGUGCAGGUGCCGGACGGAGAAGCCACGGUGCUGCAACUCAACGAGCUGCUGUCUGACGGUAGCGGCUUCUACAGCCUCCCAGCGCAACAUUUCAACGAGGUCUUUCCAAGGAUUUACGUGGGCAACGCGUUUGUGGCCCAGAAUGUGAUGCGCCUGCAGCGACUCGGCAUCACACAUAUACUCAACGUGGCCGAGGGCAACUCUUUUAUGCACGUGAACACCAACGCUGACUUCUACGCAGGAAGCAGCAUCACGUAUCAUGGCAUAAAGGCUAACGACACAGAACAGUUUAACCUCAGUGCCUUCUUUGAAGAGGGAGCCGAAUUCAUCGAUAAGGCUUUGGCACAUGCUAAAGGUAUGUCAGAGGUGUACGUUCACUGCCGGGAAGGUUACAGCCGCUCCCCUACCAUGGUGAUCGCCUACCUAAUGCUCCGCCACAGGAUGGACGUACGAGUGGCAACGGCUUCAGUAAGGCGCAAGAGAGAAAUCGGGCCCAACGACGGCUUCCUCCGCCAGCUCUGCCAACUCAAUGAGAAGCUUGCCAAGGAGGGCAAGCUAAAAGGCAAAUUAUAG